AUUCACUCAAUUGUACAUUAGCGCCAGGGCUGCUGCCAUACAAACACACCGCACAACUAAAUAAAGAUCAGCCAGUUUGUUAUUUUCUUGAUGUUGGUCACAGCCUGAAGAGAGAGGGGGAACAAACUGAAAUUCUAUCAGGUGAUCCACCAUUCAUGAAAUAAUUUUGGCUUUACCCGCGUUGUGAGUUUCACUGCUUCCCCACCCCCCAGUGGGACUCCAGGUGCUUAACCUCCCUCCUGCCAGUUCUGCAUGGUCAUGACCUGUCAUCACGCCCCUUCCGCAGCCCACCUCAUCCUAUUGGUCCUGCUCAUUGUCACUCCACAGCUGGCUGGCACCGCCCCUGCGUGGGGCGAGGGAAGGGAAGGAGGGGUGGAAGGGCGCACCCGGACAGACCUAAAGGAGGACAACCUUGCCUCGCCCCCAUCAAAGAGUCUCUCCGGCCCUGACAACGUGUCGCUAGACCGUGGCUGGGGUGCGAGUCAAGAUAACCUAUCAGAUAAAUUGACUGACCCUGCGCAGAUACUCGCUGUUCUUCUGGAGGCCUUGGACCACCCGAGGGAGAGUGAAAUCCAGGGGGGCACAAACAGAGACUGGGUAGAUGAUCAGAGUCAGGAGCUGCCUUCCAUUGAAGGCUUGGAGGGAGGUGAGAUAAGCAGAAAAGGGGAGACAGAGGGUGAGAGGGGGGUGGAGGAGGAGGAGGGGGAAGAGGAGGGCCUAGGGGCUGAUAAGGCUAUUGAACAGCUAAUUGUAGGCCAUUUGACAGCUGCUCAGGGUGAUGACUUAAAGGAAAGGAAUGAGUAUGAUAAAAACACAAGGUCAGAGGCGGAUCAAAGGUGGUCCGUGGAGGAUGUGGGAGCUGAAAGUGAAAAUGAGGAAGAAGGGAAACAAGAGGAUGAGGGACAGGAAGAGGGAAACUAUUUAGAAAGUUUAUUAAACAAGGCAAGAUCAGGUUCGGGCUCACAGGGAGAAGAGUCCUCUCUGCAGCGCAAAAUAAGAGGCUACUUCCAAAACAUUGACUUGGGUCUCCAAGAUAAUGAGAUCCUGCCCCCUCUGAAGGGCUACAAGGCAUACAACACUCAGCUAGCACGAGCAGGAAAGAAGCAGCACUGGGAGGAGAACCAGUCCAGCAACCGACCCUCCAAGGGGGGCAACUUUAUGGACGACUUUGAUGAUGAAGGUGAGGAGCUGGAGGAGGAGGUUGAAGAAGAGGAGGAGAGCCUCUCCCACAUGGAAGAGGAGGCCAGAGCUCGCGCAGAGAAACAGGAGGUGCUCCGGCAGCAGGAGGAGGCGGAGCGAGCCAGAGAGGAGGAGCAGAGGCUGGCCGACAUCGCCUCUGACAUGCUGCUGCAGUACAUGGGGAGAAAGCAGCAGCCCUAUAUGAAGGCCCGGCAGAAAAGCAGCAUGGGGGUCGCCAGCAACACUGCCGAGGACAAGCGUUCCGAAGAGGUCCUCCCCGACGAAGAUGACCUCGACCAGCAAAUGAUCGACAGGCUGAUCGAGAUCAGCAGCAAACUGCAUCUGCCCGCUGAUGAUGUCAUUGAGAUUAUUAGUGACGUAGAAGAGAAGAAGAAGAAAAGGAAAGAGUUGCAAAUGCUGCCUACCAACAGCAACCCCGUUGCCCCGCGCUUUAGGCCUCUGGUACCUCCUCCUCUGGCUGCACCUCCUAUCUACCACUACACAGCCUCAAAAAACCCCAAGAAAGCUCCUUAUAGGUACAACAAGUCCAACAAAAAAUGGCACAAGGACAAUGUCAAGUCAUACAAGCAGGACUAUUGGUAUAAGCCUCAGAAGCAGCUUGACUACUGGUAUAAGCCCCAGAAACAAUUUCUAGCCUUCCCCUCUUAUCCAUACUACCAGAAGCCAUAUCGAGCGUACUACCCUGUUUAUUUCCCAUAUCCCAAAGCACAGUACUAUGGCAAGCCCUCGCCAUCCAGAGACCAGCCGUUCGGCCCCCAGGAACUUGACCUCCAGCCCCCAAGGCGCAGGCACCGGGGUGGGGGUAAGAACCGUGGUCAUGGCUGGAGGCAGCAGCCAGCGCCACGCCUGCCUCUCACCCCUUAUAUCUCUAACUAUAUCCUUCCUCACCCACGGACCUACCAACCCCUACCUCCGCCUAAACCAAUAACCCCGCCCAGGAGAGGCAGGCGACCCCCAUUCGUCUAUCAACAAGUCACACCGGGAGAUGACUAUGAGGAAGAUGGACUGGUGCCUCAGCUGGACAGUGAAGAGGAACUGGAAAACUUUAUUGAGAGGAUCUACAUGAAACGCAGAAUGUAUUGAGAGAUUUUUUGGACAUUUUGUCAGAUCAGUGCGACUGACAGAGAUGGGAUAGAUUUACAGUAGCUGGAGAGAGGCUAAAAGACAGGGGUAAUGACUCAGAUGAGAUAUGUGUUUUGGGCCUGAGGAAAAUUUGAGAGUCAAGGAGUAAAAAGUAAGAUUUCUGUUGUUUUAAUCACUGUAUUUCUUGUUGAUUUUCUUGGUCAGGGAGAUGAUGAAGGGGUCUCGGUUUUAGCUCCCUGUAACCAUGUUCAGCCUCUUGCUCAGUUUACAUUUUGAAACAGAACAUACCAUGGUGUAUGUCUGCCUCCAUUCAGGUCAAUCUCUGAUGCUCUUGCAUUAUACAGAGUUUUCUAGAGGACACACGGCCACACACACACACACACUUACACCCACACGGCCACACACACACACAACCACAAACACUUGCAUCAACACAACUACAUGUACUCAAAUGUUGGACACAUUCACAAGCUGAUGUGCCAAUUGCAAGAGAACCAUGUUUACAACAUCACUUUGUAUCUUUUGUUUUAUAUUCUGUAUGUCAUAUUACAAAACUAAAGUAGUUCAAUGACUUCUACGAAUAUAAAAAAACAGAACACUGCUAUUGUCAAAUGUUCAAUGACAGUAUAUUUUGUUGUAUUUGAUGUGUGUAGUUGCCUUUCUUAUUCCCGAUUGGAUCACCUUUAAAGAGCUGCAAUUUGCAAAGGUGCAAAAUACACACAUUUCAUUUUUUCAGAGUUAAGGUUUUAGACUUUUGCCUUACAAGCAGCAUGAUUCUUUAAGGGAAACAUCAUAUUGCAUAAUAUUAUAAUUUCAACCGGUCCCUAUGUAGAAACCCUGUGGACUCCAAAAGCACAAACUUAAACACUACACACUUCCAACCUGGUGGACGAAGGGUUUUCAAUCAUUUUGGGAUCCAGAGGUUAUUGUGUUAACUUAUUUCUGGCAGUACUACCAUAAAUAACAUAACCACCACACCGCUCCUUGACAUUGAAGGAGGCCUUCACAUUUUUUAAUCACAUUCUUGGCCAUAUUCCUCGUAUCAUCUAUUAUCUAUGUUGGACCUUUCUUUACACAAAAUACUUGAAAUCACACUCAUCUGUUCUGCAGCCUUUUAAAACAGAUUUCCACCAAGAGGCUACAAACAUUUUGUUCAUUUUCAGGAGAUAUUCAUUGAAAAGUUUCAGGCCGGGGAGUCAGGGAUUGUGCUUAAACCGUUAAAUGCACGUCUUUCUACUUGCAUCUUAAAAAAUGAACAAAAAAAAACAAAAAAAAGAGAAAAAAUAAA